AUGGAGCCAAAAACUCAACAACAACUGGAGAGAACGAUUCGGGAGACAGUGGCGGAUGCCGAUUCGCCGUUAGCGCAGCGUCACAUUCGAGAAAUGUUAAAGAAAAAUAAGUUUUCUAGUGCUCUUAUGUUGCUGGCGCUUCUCACUCCAUCGGCGUUUCUUUUCUCCUUCUACUAUUCAAAAAGUAGUUCUAUUCGCGAGAAAUGGCGGGAUCCAUACGAGUUGCCGCCGGGUUUCGAUCCUAAUAAAGGACUGAGUUCAUUUGAUAAUUUGCCGAAGGAACGCAUGGAACUGCCACCGGCGCUUGUCUUGAAAGGUUCUCCGGGACGCUACGGGGAAUAG